AUGGAAUCCCAGAAUGGUCAAUCGGUAGAUUCAGUUUUUGGUCAAACUCCAGCAUUUGCAUUAAAUGAUGAACAAGUUGAUCCCGCUGUGGUGGAGUAUCUGAAUAGUGUUAGGCAGGAGGCCUUAAGAACUAGUGCCGUCAAAGUAUCCGAGGUUAAGAGGCAUGCAGCUGAUAUUUAUGAUGAGGAUGAUAUAGCGGUAAAGAGGGCUAAACCCAGUACAAAGUCGCUGGAAAGUAUAGAAAAUUUGAAUUCAAGAAUGGAUGACUGGCUAAGCUGGUUCGAAAAUGCUAAGAAGACAGUUUUAUACGACAGUCCUCUGCCUCAGCGCCAUACUGAGGAAUCGAUGAACCUGCUACUAAACUACCUUAAACAAUACCUAUCCGGGCGUGCAGAAGAGAAAGGAUUUGUAUCGCACCUUCUCAGGGUCUUAAAGGACCUUCCCGAGGCGGAAGAGGAUGACGCUUUCGAGUUGGAUGAAGGAUGGGCUGAAUCGGUUGUAAAAAGGUUACGUAACAAACGUAUUGAAGGUAUCGAGGAUAUUACAAUGAUUAUCUCCAACGAUGACUCAACGACGCCGAUGGGUUUCAAACAAUGGUACCAAUACAUGCAGCAAAACGAGCCCUCUCAAGCGGCUUUUGGUCAAAUUAUCAACACAAAAAACAUCUGGGUUUUGAUUCAAUACAUGACACAGGAAUGGAUUAAAAUUAUCUCCAAGUUUAAGAAGCCGCCCCAGGCAAUCAGGUUCAGUAACUGGUUGCUAUACAUACUCUUCAACGUUCCAGAAAAUCUCACAGCGGAUUACACAAGUAGUUUGAGGAGUCUCGGUAAAAAAUGUCAAGCAAUUAUUAGAAGUGACUUGGAGUCAAAUACUGAAGGAAACGUCAAAAGGCAAGCUCUGCUACUAAAGAAUUCACUUCCAUCAAGUCUGAAAGAUCUAGGUGUCCGAACACCACCCGGGGACCUCGAUGUCCUUCUACUGAGCCUCUACGUGAUAGCCAUCAUUUACCGCCAAAAGGACUUGAUAAACUGGAACACCACUUUACAAGUUUCGAGGUGA